AUGCCCAAGAUAGAGCCAAAAAAUCGAACCCCCCUGAAACAAUGCCAAAAAAGAGGUCUGGUGGCUUAUUUGGGCGGAGGAGGCCAGGAAGUGGUGCUCUGGUGGCUGCUUGGUGGUUCUCUAGUGGCAGCCGGGCAGCAAGGAGGCCAACAGAGUAGGGGGUCGGGUGGAGCGGUGGCCUGGGAGCAGAGCGGGCCGGGGCUGAGCUACAGUUGGGCGGCGGGCCGGGGAGCUGAGCGGCGAGGCCAGGCGGAUUCCAACGGCAGAGGAGGCAGGGGAGGGCUGGUGGUAGGGCCAGGAAGCGGCGGCCGCAGGGAGACCGUCGUAGGCGGGGGCCAUAACGGCGGCGGAGCCGGGAGGAGCACGGGUGGCCGGGGAGGCGGGGCUGCCGAUGGGAGCUGCAUGGCCGACGGGGGCCGGAAGCCGAGGCCGGUGAGGGGCUAG